AUGACUAAUUCUACAACCUCGGUAGUAGAAAGUAGAGCCUAUCGACUAGCAAAUAGAAAGAGAGCCACAAGUGUUGCCGAUAUCAAGGCUUUCAAAAGAUGUUCAGAAGCGUUCAAUGUGAACACAAACACACACUCUCAAAUUCAAAUAAGACUUGAUCAAAUACCGGUGAUGUUGAAACAAUAUAUAGAGGCGUAUGACGAGGUGGAAACGUUAGAUGAAGAAGAUAUUGAAACAAACGCUCGAGCAAUAGUACGGUCAGAGUUCAUGGAGUUAGUGUGUGAUACAAGGGCCGCACUAUUAGAAUUAUUGCACAAACACAAAAGACAACCAUCAGAGGCGGCCAAUAGCAGUGUUAGUGUUUCCACAGAGUCGAUGAAGUUACGACCAGUGUCAAUGCCAAAGUUCGACGGUAACUGGCAAGAUUGGUCGGAAUUUAAAGAUUCAUUUGAGGCAAUGUUUCAUAAUAAUAAAAAAUUAGCUGAUGUCCAAAAGUUUCAUUAUUUAAAAUUAUGUUUGUCCGGAGCAGCAAUGGAGGUGGUCAAAAACAUACCUACAACAGACAACUACGAGCAAGCGUAUUAA